AUGGACGACCUCCCGGGAAGGCAGAAGAUGAGAGGUCAUAGGGGCAGCAAGAAAACAGCAGAUAAUGACGGAGAUCGAUGGAAUUGUAAUAUGGAAAAAGUUGACGAUGGCAGCAGUGAUGUCAAAAGAAAGGAUGAAGUGUGUAUGUCACUGGGGCCGCACGUGUACAAGGAGCAGCUCUCACUGGUUCAGGUGAAUCGAAAGAUUUUGGAGAAUAUCCUAGGGAGCUGUGACAGCCAGGAGACCGCUGUUUCAUUCAAUGCAUCCAGUGGGCCAGUUCUUCUCAUCCCAUCCCCUUCCACGCUUCUUUCAGAUUCAAGCACUGAUUCUGAAGAAAGUGAUCAAAAUGAACGAAAGAUGCGAAAGAAGAAAAAGAAUGAUGAGAAAACCGGAAUUAAAAGAGAAAUGGAAGUGGGAAUCGAAGAAGAGUCCUUCGAAAAGGAUAAUGACGAUGGGGAGGAGGUGAAGGACAUGGUCCAGAAGAAAUUAAAACCUAAGAAAGAGAAAUCAGCUGCCAUAAAGGAAGCUUUAAAAUUGCUGCAGACGAAGUUCAGUGACACGGACACGAGCGAGGAAGACGAGAAAUGCCGGAAAUUAGAGAAAACCCGAGAGAAGGAAAGGCAGGAUCAGGAUGGUGACAUCCUUAAUCGUGGAAAGAAAAGGCAGCACCAGAUCCAGGGCAUGGGUGGUACAGAUUUCGAGAAUGAUGAGGCAUCUAAACUAAGAUCAAAAAGGAAGAAGGAAGAUGAAUGUCAUCCCUCCAACGACUACUUUGCCACCCCCUCUCAAAUUGUAGAUUCGGACGAAGAGGACGAGAAUGUGGAAGUCACAUCCUGUCAGAACAAUGACUAUCAGGAAAACAGACAUAGAAGAAAUAUUUCCAAGAUCCUCGAGGAAUCCCAUUUAAAGACGUCAACCCAGGAAGCGAUCUUGGAGGAGAGGCACCAUCGUACGAGAAUCUCAGAAAAGUGGAAACACUUCGAUGAGGUGAUGCCGAAGGAGCAGAAGGAAGCGAUGAACCUAUCACCAGCGAACGACGAUCUGAUCCUUGACUUCGACCAGGAGACGAAGGAGCGAGUGCAGGUAGUGGCUUUCCUCCAUACCAUUCUCACAAGCAAGGCACUUGGAUUUAAGACUGCUCUUGUGCUCUGCCCGUAUAACACAGUCCUCAACUGGGACCAGGAAUUCAAAAUCUGGCUGGAGGGACAAGAUCUAAAAAAAAUUGACAUCUUCAAUAUGGCCAACGAGAAAAAUGUCAAGUUGCGCAAAUAUCGUGCAAAACGAUGGCAUCGAGGCGGCGGAGUCAUGAUCAUUGGGUACAACAGCUUUCGAAUCCUUGCUAACCCCAGCAACAAGAAAUUGAAGAAAAGGCAUCGAGAGCAGUUCAAGGAAGCUUUCAUUAACCCCGGUCCGGACCUGGUGGUUUGCGACGAGGGGCAUAUCCUCAAGAACGAGAAGAGCCUCAAUUGUCGAAUCCUGAAUCAGAUUCGGACCCGUCGGCGCAUCGUCCUCACUGGGACACCGCUGCAGAACAACCUGAAGGAGUAUUUUUGCAUGAUCCAGUUCGUAAAGCCCAAUCUCCUGGGAACGCUGAAGGAAUUCACCAACCGCUUCGUGAACCCGAUCGAGAACGGACAGCACAGCGAUUCCACAGUGGAAGACGUGAAAGUGAUGAAGCGUCGCUCCCAUGUUCUUCAUGAUCUCCUGAAGGACUGCGUCCAAAGGAAAGACGAUGGGGAGCUUACGCCGUUCCUGCCUCCUAAGCUGGAAUACGUUGUUAGCGUGCGGUUGAGUCCCAUUCAGAUUGACCUCUACCAACAUUACUUGGAAAAUUACUGUCGGUUCCGGAAAGGGCUGAGAGGUGGCGGGGCAUCCCUCUUCUCCGACUUCCAAGCCCUCUCACGCAUUUGGACCCACCCAAAAACCCUCAUCAUGCAUGAGAAGAUGAUGGAAGUGAAGGCAACUGAGGAGAAAGCUCAAUCGUUGUGGUGGAAGAAGAUUAUUGAAGAGUCGGGCGUGUAUGUGGAAGAUUAUGCCCUGAGUGGGAAGAUGGUGCUCCUCGCAGACAUCCUUCAUUACUGUGAGAUUAUCAAGGACAAAGUACUGGCUACUGUUGUUGACAGCUUGGUGUUUACGCAGAGCCGCCUCUGCCUUGACUUAGUGGAGCAGUUCCUUGAGUUUCUUGCCUCAAACCGGGACCAAAUCUUUAUGACGCUGGAUCCCGAGAUAGUCCUCGAAGUAACUGCCGAAACCGCUGGUGCCAAUGACGUUGGUUCAAAACGAGGAGAGCAAAGCCAGGAGUACGAUCCGCGCAAGUGGUCCUGGGUACACGGUAGGGACUACUUUCGCAUCGACGGCAGUACAGACGUAUGUACCCGGAGGGACAUCACCACUCUCAUCAACAACCCGGAGAACCAUCGGGCGCGAUUGUUGCUGAUAUCGACAAAAGCAGGUGGAAUGGGUAUCAACUUGGUGGGUGCGAAUCGGGUGGUUAUCCUGGAUACCUCGUGGAAUCCUUCCAAUGAUGUCCAGGCACUCUCUCGGGUCUAUCGGUUGGGGCAGCGAAAACAAGUCUACGUAUACCGCUUCUUUGCCAAGGGGACGAUGGAAGAGAGGAUGUACGAUCGCCAGGUGACCAAGUUGAGCCUAUCAUGUCGUGUGGUAGACGAGCAGCAAAUCGAGCGGCACUUCAACGCGGCCGACCUUCGAGAACUGUACCGCUUUGACCCGUAUGGGGACGACCAAAAGAUUCCACCCGAGGAGUUGACAGAUGAGGAGAGGAAGGCUGCCUGGGAGGAAUUUGAGAAAGAGAAGAUUGCUCCCACGCAGACCGGCUUUCCUACUUAUCAUCCCAAUACGGAGCCGACGGGUAACCUCCUUAGCCAUGCUGUGAUUCCAUUGCCUGUCCAGUUACAGGAGGAAGCUCAAAUGAAGUGUAAGACUAUGAUGGACAUCCGAGCAGAAGAAGCAAUACAUGGAGGAAAACAUACGUAUGAUGCUGUAGAAUCCUCUGCUACUCCAAUAACAGCAAAACCAGAUGUCGCUUGCGAACAGUCCAGGAUUAUCCAACAGCCUCUCGCUCGACGACUCCUGUCUGAGUCCCCGGAACGUCUCCUGAAGGGGAACCAGAAAGUCCAAGAAGGAGCCAAUGGUCCAAGUCCCCAGGUUACCAUUUCAAAUAAACCCAUCUACCCAUCCUUUGCGAUGAGACAGAAAAGCAUUUUGGAAUUCUGCUACUGCCAUCAGCUACUGUUGAGCAUUCGUGAUAACUACAAGGCGUGA